CUUUGCAAAGAUCUUCCGUAGAGGGGUUCUAUCUAGCAGGUGACCACACAAAGCAAAAGUGUUUGGCCCCAAUGGAAGGUGCUGUUCUUUCAUGGAAGCAUUGUGCACAGUCCAUUGUACAGGAUUACAAAUUGCUUGUUUCUUCGUGGGGAACGGAAGUUGGCAGCGUAUUAGAGGAGGAGGUGAGCCGUAUUGCUAAUGUUCAUGGUGAAGUUGAAAAGCUCGCCAGUAGUUUUCGAGCUGUCAAAGCUGUUCUUGAGGAUGCGGAGCGACAGCAAAUGGGGAAGGGAAAGGCCAGUGUUCGAGAUUGGUUGUACAAGCUCAAGGAAGUCUCAUAUGACAUUGAAAAUGUGCUGGAUGAGUGGAGCACAACAAUUUUCACGUCAAAUCUAGAGAAGAAGAAAGUAUUUUCCUUCAUCCCCUCUCCUUCCUUCUGUUUCAACAGAGGGACAUUGCUUUACAAAACUGCACACAAGAUAUUGGAGUUGAAAGGGAGGUUAGAUGUUAUUGCAAAUGAGAGAGAAAAGUAUGGUCUUAAGGAAUUAAGUGUUGAAAACCCAAUUAGACGAGAGCAAACUACUUCUCUCGUAAAUUUAGCAGAAGUGUGUGGUAGAGUUAUGGAUAAGGAGAGGAUUGUAGAUAUUUUGUUGAAUGAGGGUAGAAUUGAGGUGAUCUCUAUGGUAGGUGUUGGGGGGAUUGGUAAAACUACUCUUGCCAAAGUAGCCUUCAAUAAUGAGAAAGUAGAAUCUCAUUUUGAGAAGAGGAUAUGGGUGUGUGUCUCUGAUCCUUUUGAUGUGAUGAGGAUUGCCAAAGCAAUUCUUACAUCUCUUGGUGAGAAUGCUUGGCAAAAUUUGGUUGAAUUGGAGGAUGUAAUAAAACUCCUUAGAGACUCAGUCAAGGAUAAGAAAUUCCUACUUGUCCUAGAUGAUGUGUGGACUGAACACUAUGAAAGGUGGGGUCAAUUGAGAGACUCGUUGAGUUCUGGCUCACUGGGAAGCAAAAUCUUAGUGACCACACGUAAGGAGACUGUAGCAAGAACAAUGGGUUGCACUACCUUGUUCCCAAUGGAGCAGUUGUCUGAAGAAGAAAGUUGGUCAUUGUUUUGUCAAAUAGCAUUUUUGGGGAGAUCCAAUGAAGAUCAUGAAAAUUUGAGAGAAAUUGGUAGGAAAAUAGCAGGAAAGUGCAAGGGCUUACCACUUGCUCUAAAGACAAUGGGUGGUCUUAUGCUCUUGAAAAAAACCAUAAAAGAAUGGCAGAGUGUCUUAGACAGUGAAAUAUGGGAACUUGAAGUGGCUGAGGAAGGUCUUUUUCGCCCCUUAAUGUUUAGCUAUUUUGAUUUACCAUCACACUUGAGGCAAUGUUUCUCGUAUUGUGCAGUCUUUCCAAAAGAUUAUGUGAUAGAAAAAAGUAAGUUGAUUGAGUUAUGGAUGGCACUAGGUUUCCUUAAGGGGACCAGACAUCGAGAUAUGGAGGUUGUAGGGGAAGACUACUUCAAUGACUUGUCAAUGCGUUCUUUUUUUCAAGAUUUUGUAAAGGAUGAAAAUGGUGACAUUAUCAGGUGCAAAAUGCAUGACAUAGUACAUGAUUUUGCUCAGUUUUUGACAAGAGGUGAGUGUUUGACAGUGGAAGCGGGAAGCAGUAGUAGCAUUGAAGGUUUUAAUGAGAGUGCUCGUCAUGUGAUGUUGAUGAUUCAAUAUGAUAGUGCUGAAUGUCCUUCUUGUAUUUAUGAAGCUGAAAACUUGCACACUUUGCUAGUUGAUUCUGAUUCUGAUGAAUUCGGUGAGUAUGAUGUAGAUUUACUGAAGUUGUUUGAUAAGCUGAAAUUCCUGAGAAUGUUGAAGUGUCAAUCUGAUAGCAUUGAUAAAUGUCCAAAACAGAUAGGGAAUUUGAUACAUUUAAGGUCUCUUGACUUGUCAAAUAAUAGGUGGCUAGAGGAAUUGCCUGAUGCAGUUUGUGAUUUAUACAAUUUGCUUAUACUAGACAUUAGCGGAUGUAGGAAGCUUAGAAGUUUGCCUUGUAGAAUGGGAAAUCUAAUAAAUUUGUGGCAUCUUCGGAAUGAAUUUACAGAUUGUGUGGAAUUCUUGCCUAAGGGAAUGGAGAAAUUGACUUGUUUGCGAACAUUAAGUGAGUUCGUGGUGGACAGUGGUGGUAAAGGAGCUGCUCUUAGUGAAUUGGGAAACUUGAUUCACCUUCGAGGGGAUCUUGAGAUAAGAGGAUUGACAAAUGUCAGAGAUGAGAGAGAGGCUGAGAAGGCACAGUUACGAAAUAAGAAGGGGCUCACUGCUUUGGUUCUGACUAUUGGUUCUACUCGGUUUGAUAAGAGCCAAGUUUCUGAAGCAUCUGUUCUUGUUCUUGAAGCCUUAGAGCCGCCUUUAGGCUUGGAAUGGUUAGACAUAUGUAACUACAAUUGCCCAACCCCAUCCUUAGGGGUUUGGCCCAGUUGGAUAGUGUCUCUAACCAAGCUGAAGUUGUUUGGGCUCUAUAAUUGUGUCAACGUUGAACAGUUGCCUCCUUUAUGGAAAUUGCCAUCACUGGAAAUGCUCUCUCUGCGGAUAAUUAGAGGAGUGAAAAAGGUGGGAGUUGGAUUCUUGGGAAUAGAAACGUCAUCUUUGUCUCCAUCUUCUUCUUCAUUAGCUGUUGUUGCCUUCCCCAAUUUAAAAUCACUAGAAUUGAUCCUCAUGGAGGAGUGGGAAGAGUGGGAUUAUGGAAGCAGAGGAGAAGAGGAUAUCAAAAUCAUGCCACGUCUUUCUUCCUUGCUGAUUAGUGGAUGUGAGAAGUUAAAGAUGUUGCCGGAUUCUAUUCUCCAAAGAGGGUUUAUUGAUGAGGGAUGGAAAUAUUUCUUCUCCAUGAGCAAUGACCAUGGACUUUUCCCUGGAGAAGAUCACUAUGCAUGCAUGGUAAAUCUACUUGGCCGAGGUGGGCUCAUUAAAGAAGCAGAGGAGUUAAUAUUGGCAAUGCCAUUUAAACCAGGCAUGUUGGUUUGGCAAACCCUGCUUGGUGCUUGUCAACUUCAUGGGGAUAUUCAAACUGGGAAACGAGCUGCAGAGCGUGCAAUGAAUUUGGAUAAAAAGCACCCUUCAAGUUAUGUGUUGCUAUCAAACAUGUUUGCUGGCUUGAACAAUUGGCAUGGCGUGGGAGAUUUAAGAGAGCUAAUGGAGACCAGUGAUGUAAAGAAAAUUCCAGGAUCCAGUUGGAUUGAGGAUCUGAGAUAGAAAAAGAGUGCUUGAUCCAUCCAGUAUACUGGAGAUUGCCGUCUAGGGAGAGAUUGCAUAGUCCAUUCGGCAUACAUUUGUACCGCUGCCAAACAUGCAAUGAUCUUGUCUGAAGGCCGAGGAAAGGAAACAUGUCAUCCCCAUUGGAGUUAUAGCCUUUGAAGGAAAGGAAUGUAACCGUUGAUAGCAAACAUAAAAGUCCCAAAAAGGUAUACGGAACUGAGAACUCCCAGGCUUGUUUCUUAAGGCCGAAUAUAUAUGGAUUUGGUCUAGUGGAAAAUUCCUCAAGUAGAAGCUGCAUGGGUUUUACCGUCGAGGAGAGCUCGAGAAAUUUUUUUUUU